AUGGCAACCUCAAUUCUCCCAUUCCGGGAUAUCAAUCUCCAUGCCUCUGCCGCUCAUUACGCUUUUACUUCACCCUCAUCUCCUAAUGCUCCUGCUCUGGUCGUUGACCGACCAACCGGUGAUCUGCGUCUCCACGAUGGCCCUCUCUCGGGUGCGAAACGCAUCUCGAGUAUUGCCGGAAUCUUGGGUAUGAUUAAAUUGAAGCUAGAUAAAUAUAUCAUCGUGAUCACCAAGGCCCAGCCGAUGGGCCGAUUACGCGGCCACAUGGUCUACAAAGUUGCCGGCACCGAGUUCUUGCCCCUUCGUGAACGUCCUCUGCAUGAUUAUGACGAAGACACCUAUCUCGCUCUUCUCAAGGAACUGCUGCGGACCGGACCAAUGUACUUCUCGUAUGCAUUGGAUCUUACAAAUAGUUUCCAGCGCCAGUCGCAAAGCGAUGCCCGUCUUCCGAUGUGGAAGCGAGCCGAUGACCGCUUCUUCUGGAAUCGCUUCAUUCAGUCCGAUUUGAUCGACUUCAGUGUAGGAGGACAGGAUAACACUAGCCUGCGCUAUGGUCCUCAGCCCGGAGUCGAUCCGUAUAUUUUGCCUGUGAUGUACGGAAUGCUGCGAAUUACACCUGCGAAAAUUAAAUCAACUUCGUUCACCUUUGCGCUCAUCACGAGAAGGUCCCGUCAUCGGGCCGGCACGAGAUAUUUCUCUCGCGGCAUAGACGAGAACGGCAAUGUAUCAAACUACAACGAGACUGAACAGAUUGUGAUCUUGAACGACACCGCCGGAGGUCUGGCUGGUUUCGCCGGGGGGCAGUCGAUGAAAGAGAAACCCGGUGUGUCGGGCCACGACCUCCAGGUAAUGGCGUUUGUUCAAACCAGAGGUAGUGUACCGGUGUAUUGGGCCGAAGUCAACAAUCUCAAGUACACUCCUAAGCUCCAGGUUCGUGGCGUGGAAACGGCUAUCGAUGCGGCCAGAAAGCAUUUCACCGAUCAGAUUCGACUAUACGGGGAGAACUACCUGGUCAAUCUCGUCAACCAAAAAGGGAGAGAAGAGCGUGUCAAAUCGGCUUAUGAGCAACUAGUGCGCACGUUGGUAUCUUCAACGACAGAGAACACCGAGACUGACGCAAAGUCCGCUGAAAAAGUCCAUGUUCUAGAAUCGGACCAGAGACAGAAAGAGCUGGACCGUUUGCAUUACGUGUACUUCGACUUCCACAACGAAACCAAGGGCCUCAGAUGGCACCGCGCGGAGCUAUUGAUGGAUCGACUAUUAGAUGGACUGACGCGCGGUGGUUACUUCCGUGGCGUGGAGGACCCGGUAUUCCCGGAUGGACAAUUGGACAUCAGAUCCUCCCAGAGCAGUGUCGUUCGCACAAAUUGCAUGGACUGUUUGGAUAGAACCAACGUGGUGCAGAGCAUGCUGGGACGGUGGGCUCUAACGCGGCAACUGACUGAUGCCGGGAUCCUUCGCGCCGGGGAAGCCGCAAAUGACGAUAAGGAUUUCGAAGAUCUAUUCCGCAACAUCUGGGCCGACAACGCCGACGUUGUUUCUAAGUCCUAUUCUGGAACUGGGGCGUUGAAAACUGAUUUCACCCGAACUGGUGAGCGCACGCGUGCGGGUAUGCUACAGGACUUGAAUAACUCCAUCACCCGAUACAUUCGGAACAAUUUCAUGGACGGUCCCCGGCAAGAUGGAUUCGAUGUAUUCCUAGGAACGUAUCUUCCUCCGAAUUCGACACUUGGAAACUUGCAGGUCUUUGUUGAUCGGCGACCGCUCAUCAUCCAAUCCAUCCCAUACAUCCUGGCUGCCGGCGUGUUCUUUAUCAUGAUCUCCAUGUUGACUAGACGGCUGCCUGAUGCGGCCGUAUGGCCCUUACGUUUGUUCGUUAUCGUAUGGCUAGUUGUGUCCGCCUGGUGUGCGCGCUUCGUUCUGGUGCACGGCAUGCUUUAUGUCAACUGGCCAAAAUUAAACACACCUACGGCUGGUUCCGAAGGUUAUCAAGAUGCUCUUCUCAAGGCCCGAACAGACCCUGUCGUUGGCCAGUUUCUUCCCGCAAGAAGACACCAGAGAGGUUACAGCAAUGCUCGCUUGGGCUUCCUGGAAGAAGGCAAAACGAGGAUUGAAUAA